CGCGGGGGGGCCGCCAUGGCGGAGCCGGCGCUGCUGAGGGAGUACGUGUCGCAGCUGGCGGCCCGCGCGGCGCAGGGACAGCUCGCGGCCUGCGCUGACCCCGCGCUCAAGGCCCGGGCGCGGCGGCUGCUGGGCCCGGGGCGCCGCGGGGCCCUGGACUUGCGCGGCGUGGCCGAGCGCUGCCGGCAGGCGCGGGGCGGCCGCGCCCUGCUCAAGGCGCUGGAGCUGCUGGAGCUGCUGUGCGUCAACCUCCUGUUGUGCCCCUGGCGCCGGGAGAUCCGCUCCCUCAAGACUUUCACUGGGAAUUUUGUCUACUACAUCCAGCCAGUGCUUCCAGAGGACCUUGUGAAAGCAGUCCUGGAGAAAAUAGGUUAUGUUGCAACUACAGCAACAGAGUUUUCACUUGUCAAAAAGAGAAACAAUGAGGAAAUGAAGCAGACUGCAUUUGAGAUAUUCCUGGCAAGAAUCGAGUGUGAAGCCAUCCUCGAGAUGACAAAUGAAGAAAAAUGUGGCAAUUUGGAGAGGAGCCCACAGCAGGGAACACAAACACAUCAGCAUCGAGGAGAGGAGGAUGAGGAAGAUCAGACACCCCAGAGAGGAGAUGCUGAAAGUCUGGGAAAUGAAGGGAACAGUGAGACACCUUUGUGCCUUGCUCCCCAGCAGAAGUGUUCAGCUACCUGUGCUGCAUCCUUUGAAGCCGCUGGGAAUGUGAGGAUCAGAGGGAACGCGGCUCAGUCAGCAGCUGCUGCAUCCCCCGGCAGCCUGCAGGAGCGCCAAAGGCAAGGCUCCAACAGCGCCCAUCUCCCGGGCAAGUGCUCAGACAGCGAGGACUUCCUGAUCAAAUACAGUGACAUUGUCAUAGGGCAAACACCCAUCUUCAGUGAGAAUCUCUCUCCAAAGGCUUUGGAAAAGGAGCCAGGAGCCAGGCUGAGUGAGGAGUGUGUCUUGGCAGGGGCUGCAGAGUUGGCUGCACGAGCGCCGGGGCCUGCACCUCUGUCCCCGGGAGCCAGUGGCCCCCCCGCCUUUGACAUGUUUGUUGACAGCUCCUGUGACACCAAAACCAUCUUGGAGUUUGAAGCUCCAGGAGUCCCAGAAGGAUCAAUUGAAGCAGAAAUUAAUGAUGCCAUAAAUUGCAUAGAUCCAGCCCCUGGUGAUGAACCCACUGAGCUCAAGUCUCUGCCCUACAAGGACUUUGCCCAAAACUGCAGCGUCCCCAGGGAAGAGGGUGUUUGUGAGCUGUCUUUAACCUUCACAGAACUACAAAUCAAGGAUGCUCAGGAAGCACUUACAUAUCCAGUAGAGGAAACUGGCCAGCCUGAGGCAGUGGCCUAUGCAGGAACAAGUGACAGGCACGUUAGAGAAUUUAAUCACUCCCAAAUAAAACAGACUUUCCUGACUGAUGCUGAGCUGCACAAGAGAGCAGCACCACACACGGAGCCACCUUCAGGUCUGUGCUGCACUGCUGGGCACACAGAGGAGUCCACUGCUGCUUCUGACAGCAAGAGACUAUUCAUGGAUCCUGCUAAGACACACCCAGCUUCUGAGUGCUUCAGGCACGUCAGAGAGCCCCCCAACCUCACCUACAUCCCCCCCCAGAGCAUGGAUGUGCGGCCCUCACACGGGGACAGGAGCAGCGCGCGGGGCAGGAGGAGCCUGCUGCAGCCUGCAGCUGGCUCUGCUCCAGGCAGGGAAGGGAAGCUGGAGAACUGUAAUUCCCAAGAGACUGACAGCCAGGAGCCUUAUGUCAUCAUUGACAGAACCGACCAGGCAGUGCUGUGCCAUCACACCUGAGGCUCUAGUGCUUCAUUGGUAAUUACCUGGGGGGAUUGUCCUCUCACCUGUGGCCUUGAUCCUGUUGUCAGGGAGAUGUCUUGCUUUGUCAAAACAGUUCUAAAAAAACCCAAACCACAUCACUGCUUUGGGACAGUAAAUAGCAGAAGUUACACAAAUUCUUCAUUUCACAAGGAAACCUGAAUGGUAACCUUAAUAAAGGGUAGGCAAACUGCUAUAAAUUUAAAUCCAUUUAAUUCAUCAGUCAGAUUCCUUCUGGCUGUUCUUAAUGACAGACAGAUUUCUUCAGCUGGGCAUCCUACUUUUCUUUUUUCCCUUCACAGACCUAUUCCUAGAAUAUUCUUCCAGUACAAAGAACAUUCUUCUAAACUGGAAGACCCAGCUUUAGAAAUGCCAUGCUGGAGUGUACUUCUGUUAACUCUGCAUUCCUUUGAAGCUGUGUCUGAGCUGAUGUUCCUCCUGACUUCAGCUGAACACAGGUUUAGAAAGUUUGAUAACAUUCCUUUAGCUUUAAAGAGGAAAACAGCUCUGUGAACACUUGGUUUUGUAGAGGCAUUACAGGUUUUAUAUCCACCUCCAUUUGUUACCAAAGUAUUUUGUGGCCACCACCACAAUUUCCAAGAGAAGCCUUGAGCAUUUUAACUGGCAGCCAGCAGAGAGAGCUCCAGCCAUGGCUGCCAUUUCCCUUUCCCCUGCUCCUGAUACUUAAUUCUGCACCAGAAGUUCACAGAAUUUUUCUGCAGGCCAGUUCAUCUCACUAAAAUGAAGGGAAAACAAUCUCAUUCUUUGCCAUUUUAGUGGCAGGAAAAAAAUCUGCUCAGAGAAGGAUCCCAGUGAGCAGCAGAGGCAGGAUCAGGGGUCUCCUGCAGGUGGGAGUGCUGUGUGGAAAGCUCAGGAGUGUUGGAUCAGCUGGAAGCUCCCAGCACUGAGAGCCUGUGUCUCACACAGCUCUGAAUUCUUUUAGCAAAGUGCACUGCUGCUGUGCUUAGGCACAGUCUGCAGUGCUGCUUCAUAAUACAGGUACCUCCAAGGGGUGCCAGAGGGUGGUGCCAGACUCUUCUGGGUGGUGCCCAGCAGCAGGAUGAGGAGCUGUGGCCAUAAACUAAAACACAAAAAGUUUCAUCUCAACCUGAAGAAGAACUUGUUUUCCUGGAGGUGGCAGAGCCCUGGAGCAGAUGCCCAGGGAGGCUGUGGAGUCUCCCUCUCUGGGAUAUUCCAAACCUACCUGGACAUGCUCCUGUGUCACCUGCUCCCAGUGACCCUGCCUGGGCAGGGCUUGGACUGGGUGACCUCCAGAGGUCCCUUCCAACCCCAAAAAUCCUGGGAUUCUGUGUUACACUAGACACUUUAAUACUGCUUCAAGUAGCUUUUUCAGUAGCACUGAAAUGUGUGCUGGCUUGGGCUGGGCUAGAGUUAAUUUUCUUCACAGUGGCUAAUAUGGAGCUCAGUUUUGAAUGCUAAAAAAUGCCUUUCAUGUACAGUUAAAAUAUUAGCUGAAAUUAAUAUUUUAUGAAUUGCUUAUAAUUGACUUUUAUCCCUGAAAAAGUUCAGAGGAGCACACAUGGAUUAGACUAGAAAAACCUCAGGAACUAAAAUACAAAGAUUUGCUUUUUGAACAACUAAUGGUUGCAAUUCUGUCAUCCUCUGUGUACAUCCAGCAGUGUAGGAGAAAGAGAACUUUGGCCAAGGUAACACCAGGGGACAGAACUGCCUUCAGCUCUGGGUGGGGUUGUGAGAAAUGUGUGUUAGGAAUAAAAAGUGUUCACAGGGCUGUGUCUUCACAAGUAACAGUGGCAUCCUUUGGGCUGUAAGAUUCCCUGUACUAAACCAUUAAGUGACAUUUUCUGUGCUGUGCAAAAUGUAUGUCCAUAGUGAAAUUAGAAUUAAGAACAAACUGCAGAUGACUGAGCUUCAUACAUACAGUACCAUUUCCAAAGAAAUCCUUCUUUUGGACUCUUAGAUAAGAAAAAGCUCUGAAAGUUUAACAGAAGGUAUCAAGAAUAUCAGGUAUCCCCCUGCAAAGAAGCUGCAAUAAGUAAGAUAAUUAUUUAGCACGCAAAAUCUUACUUUUAAGCUUGAAUUCUAAAGAUUUACAACAGAGCAGUAGAACAGCGUUCCUGGGAUGACAAGCUUUAGUACCAAUGUAGUACUUCACUAGGAAAUGUUCUCUCUGUGCUCUUAUCCUUACUGAGUUGCAGUGUUUUAGAAAAGAAACAGCUCAUCAGAUGGGAGUAACAAGACAGGAGCUGCAGUUCCUGACUGGGUGUGAUUCUUUCAGGGCAAUGGGCUUUAGGCAAACCAGAGCCCUACAACAGCAGUGAUGUCCAAAAGCAGCACCAUCAGAUACUGUUGAAAAGCCACAUAACUGAAUGCUUCUAUCCUGCACUAAGUGCCUGACAAAUGUCUGUACAAAGUGAUCAAAGUGCUAAUGAAGCCUUGCUUGUUCCAGCUAAACCAACCAAAACCAGUAGGGGAAAAACAGAUUCUGUACUGCCAUGAUCAUUCCCCUGAAAUCCCCAGAUGAAUGUGAGAGCAGUCUGAGUGCUGCAUUGAAAGGAUUCCCUUGAAGGCAAAGCACAAGUGAAGAGCAACUCAGCUCUCCCUUUAACAAGUCCAAGAAUGAAACCCCCACUGGUUUUCACUGCUCUCCAAGUACUUACAGGUCAUAAUAAACUGAUUGUGAUAUAAACCCAGAAAA